AUGUUUGCAGUUAAAAGACGACUGAGUAAUAUUGAAUCAUCUGAAGAAGAAAAAAAGAAAUUUCGAACAACACAUGAUGACAAAAAACUAAUUAACCGUUUCGAAAAUUUAUCAAAUGAACUAUUCUAUGAAAUUUUCGAUUAUCUUGAUGGUUGUGAUAUACAUAAAAUAUUUUCAAGUCUGAAUAGUCGUUUUGAAGCUUUACUAAAUUGCUCAUCUCUUCAACUAAAAAUUGAUCUUCGUUUUCAUCCAGAACCUAUCCUACAGUAUUAUUCUACAUGUGUUGUUGCUUCGAAAAAAGAUCGAAUCAUUUCACUUAGAUGGCCCAACCUUGAUGACUAUAAUUCAGGUUUUACACUAUUUAAUAUCGAUUCAUCAUUUGCUCAACUUGAAUCACUGGUGUUAGGCAACAUUGAAUCAAAUCAACUCAUACAUCUUCUUAUAAAUUUGAUCUCUCUCCCUCGUCUCUUCUCAUUAACAAUCAAUUAUGAUGAUGAUCUUCUAGAGAUUAACAAUAUAUAUCAAAUAAUCUUUAACUUACCCAUGUUAAAGUACUAUAAAUUGUCAUUUUUUUCUCUUGAAUCGUUAUUUCCAACAUCAAUAUCAAUCAAAGAGCAAUAUAGUGAUAUUAAAUAUCUCGUUAUUGAUCAUUGUUGUAGUCUCGAUAUGUUAAUUGCUAUACUUUCAUGCACACCUCAACUCUAUCGACUAACUUGUAAACAAGUGAAUGAAUCGGUCGACAACAUCAUAACAAAUGCACUCAACGCAAUAUUCAGCCUGACUCGUAUUUCUAUUGGUAGUUGUUAUGCGGAAUUUGAUGAAAUAGAAUUAUUUCUCAUCAAUAUAUCACCUCAGUUACAAGUAUUACGUAUUAGUACUUUCAGAGAUGUGACUUAUCUGGAUGCUAAUCGAUGGGAACAAAUAAUUUCACAACAUUUACUUCAUUUAAAUGUAUUUGAUUUUAAAUAUGAACAACCUAUUGAUGAAGACUUCCAAGCAAGUGUUUACCAUGAAAGACUAAAUCAAUUCAACUCACAAUUUUGGAUGAAACGCGAAUGGUUUUUUAGAAUUUAUAUUGACACAAACUUUUGGAACGAUAACGUUAUUGUGUGUUCUAUUUUUCCAUACAGACCAAUACGAGGCAAUUCUCAUGAAGAGAAGGAAAACGAUGAAAGUUUCAAUGAGAAUAUCAAUCAAAACAUUAUACAACGAAGUGUCAUUCCUAGCCAAGAAGAGUUUGUCGCUUUUUCUAAAAUUCUUUCUGAAACUUAUCAAUUAACCGUUAUUGAUCUCUUAUAUUCUGAAUUUGAUGAAACUUUUUUUGACAUAAUACGUCCCAUUUUAACUACGGUAAAAAUUACUUGUUUGAAUAUAAUACUCAAUAAAAUUUUCAUUGGAACAUUAAUUGACCUGAUCAAAUGUUUACCUAAUCUUGAUUCAUUAGUAAUAUCAUCUUUAACAAUGAUACAACCACGAUGUUUAUCUGUUGAAGAAGCAAGAACGUUUCGUUUCUUAUCAAAUAACAACAAAAUUACUAAAGUUAAUCUUAAACAAAUGAAUGACUUGGAACAAGUUCAAUUUCCUGUUUAUCUCUNCUCAAACUUUGGUAUAUAA